AUGGUUGAAGCUUAUGUUAAUACAAGAAGUUCAAGGAAAAGGAAGAACAUUAACAAUCAACAUUAUUAUAACUAUGAUAUAUUCAACACUGUUUUGGAUAUGCAGAUCCGAGAGUUUGGUAAUCGUUUUGGUGAGAUAGGCAGCGACUUGCUUCAAAACAUGGCAACUUUGAAUCCACGCAAUUCGUUUUCUCAGUUUAACAAAUCAAGCCUAUUGAAGUUGAGUCAUAUGUAUCCCCGAGAUUUUGAAGACAAGGAAAGGAUCAUUCUUGAGCACGAACUUGACAUCUACUAUCAUUCUGUUUAUAAUGAUGUCAGAUUUGCCAACUUAAACGGUAUUGCCGACCUAGCAAGAUUAAUGGUGGCAACAAGAAAGCAUCUUUCUCAUCCUUUAGUCUACCGGUUAUUGAAACUGACACUGGUUUUGCCUGUUGCAACUGCUAUGAUUGAAAGAUGGUUUUCGGUGAUGAAGCUUGUCAAGACAGAUUUAUGUAAUCGAAUUGGUGAUGAUUUUUUGAAUUAUGCCCUCAUUUGUGCCAUAGAAAAGGAAGCCCUUAGUAAUGUUAAAAACGAAGAUGUCAUCGAUUGUUUCCAAAAGAUGAAGACAUGCUGA